AUGCCUCACCGCGCGGCAUCCCCAGCGGUGUCGGAAAAUGAGUUCGACAUCACAGGCGCUCUCUUCCAGAACGACAGCGACUCCGACAACGAACAGCCCUCGGCCAAGUCCAAACGACAACCUCCGAAGAAGGCUUUUAUUGCCGAGCAGCAAACUUCUGCCAACCGCAAGGCCUCGAAUCUCAAAGGUCGCACUGUUAAGAAGGGUGGUGGUUUCCAAGCCAUGGGCUUGAGUGCCAAUCUGUUAAAGGCAAUCGCUCGGAAAGGCUUCUCGGUACCGACUCCCAUUCAGCGCAAGACCAUUCCCGUUAUUAUGGACGACCAGGAUGUAGUUGGUAUGGCACGGACUGGUUCAGGAAAGACGGCCGCUUUCGUUAUCCCAAUGAUCGAGAAAUUGAAGAGCCAUAGCACCAAGGUUGGAGCCCGCGGUCUGGUCUUGUCCCCAUCGAGAGAGCUGGCACUGCAGACAUUGAAAGUCGUCAAGGAACUGGGUAGAGGCACUGACCUGAAGUCGGUUCUUCUUGUUGGUGGAGACAGCCUGGAGGAGCAAUUCGCGAUGAUCGCCGGCAAUCCAGAUAUUAUUAUUGCAACACCUGGUCGAUUCCUGCAUUUGAAGGUGGAAAUGAACCUGGACUUGUCCAGUAUCCGCUAUGUCGUUUUCGACGAGGCUGAUCGACUGUUUGAGAUGGGUUUCGCCGCGCAACUAACAGAGAUUUUGCACGGUCUUCCUGCGAAUCGGCAGACUCUCCUGUUCUCUGCCACUCUUCCGAAGUCCCUUGUCGAGUUUGCCCGCGCCGGCUUGCAGGAACCUACACUAGUCCGUCUGGAUACCGAGAGCAAGAUCUCGCCCGAUCUUCAGAAUGCUUUCUUCUCUGUGAAAUCCUCAGAGAAGGAAGGGGCCUUGCUCUACAUCCUUCAUGAGGUCAUCAAGAUGCCGACUGGGCCAACCGAGGUUUCGCAACAAAGGAAAGAAGAAGAUGCAAGCGCCAAGAACUUGAAGAACAAGAAGAGGAAGAGAGCGGAAAUGGAGAAGGCUGUCAAUACGAGAGAGUCUCCAACCAAGCAUUCGACAAUCGUUUUUGCCGCGACGAAGCACCAUGUCGAUUAUCUUUACUCACUACUCUGCGAGGCGGGAUUCGCCGUCUCCUACGUUUACGGCUCUUUAGAUCAAACCGCCCGAAAGAUCCAGGUUCAAAACUUUAGAACGGGCAUGACCAAUAUCCUCGUUGUCACCGACGUUGCGGCUAGAGGUAUUGAUAUUCCUAUCCUGGCAAAUGUCAUUAAUUACGAUUUCCCCUCCCAGCCAAAGAUUUUUGUUCACCGUGUCGGCCGAACUGCUCGUGCCGGGCGCAAGGGCUGGAGUUACAGUCUGGUCCGCGAUGCAGACGCUCCUUAUUUACUUGAUUUGCAACUAUUCCUAGGAAGAAGGCUGGUUGUUGGCCGCGAAUUCGGGGAUCAAGUGAACUUCGCCGAAGACGUUGUAACGGGCAGUCUACCUAGGGAUGGGCUCUCUCAAAGCUGUGAGUGGGUAACCAAGGUCCUGGACGAUAAUGCAGACCUUGCAGCCCAACGCACGGUCGCUGCUAAGGGUGAGAAGCUCUAUAUGCGAACCCGGAACGCGGCAUCUCUUGAGAGUGCGAAGCGAUCGAAACAGGUGGUUUCUUCCGACAAUUGGACAAGCGUACACCCGCUCUUCCAAGAUGAAACUAGUAAUCUGGAGGCCGAGCGGGAGAAGAUGCUCGCCCGUAUUGGUGGUUACCGGCCGCCAGAGACAAUCUUUGAGGUCAACAACCGGCGGAUGGGCAAACAUGAGAACGUCGACGCUCUCGAUACGAUUAAGAGAGUUCGUAGCACUCUAGAGUCCAAGAAGAAGCCAUUUUCUGAUGAGGACGACGACGUUCCCACCGGCGUGGCAGAUAACAUGUCGAUGGCAUCCGAUUCAGAGCUGGAAGUCACCUUCUCGUCAUAUUCAAAAUCAAAGGACAACAAGGCGAAGAAAGCGAGCGCGGCAUCUUUCCAGAACCCUGAAUACUUCAUGUCCUAUACCCCGAAUAACACCUCCCUGGCGGAGGACCGAGCUUAUGGUGUGCAUUCCGGUACCAACUCCAACUUCGCCCAGGCCUCACGCAGCGCGACCAUGGAUCUGGCAGGCGACGAUGGAGGCCGCGGGUUCGGCGAGGCUCGUACGCUGAUGCGCUGGGACAAGCGACACAAGAAGUACGUGGCUCGACAGAAUGACGAGGACGGCUCCAAGGGCACACGCCUCGUCCGCGGUGAGAGCGGGGCGAAGAUCGCAGCCAGCUUCCGGAGCGGACGGUUCGACGCUUGGAAGAGAGAAAAUCGUCUCGGCCGCUUGCCUCGGGUGGCCAUCUCAGGCAAGCGGUUCAGGCAUCGCAAGGAGCAGGCGCCCAAGAAGGCUGAUCCUCUCCGUGGUGAUUACGAGAAGAUGAAGAAGAAGGCUGAACUCGCCAAGGAGCGAGCAAUGUCUAAGGCUGGCGGCGCUGCACCACGUGGCAAGAGCGAGCUGAAGAGUACGGACGAUAUCCGGAUUGCGCGCAAAUUGAAGCAGAAGAGACGAGAGAAGAAUGCUCGUCCCUCGAGGAAGAAGUAA